GGUGCUGCCAACAAACAAACAUCUGAGGCCUUGACAAACUUGAUAUGAUUUUUGGUUUCCCACGUCCUACUGCAGGAUACAUUCGUUACUUGCAGACGUCAGCCGUACAAACAGUGACCAGCAAGUUCCAGGAUCUCAUAUUGCCCCGGGUGGCUGUUGUUUUGGGUGCUUUGGGUAUUGCGAUGUCUGGCUACAGCUCUCGCCAACUCACUUUUCACCACCGACCAUCCACCCGCAUCCUGCAAUGGAUGUCCAGACCUGCCAUGAAUGCCGAUAGUCCUGGAUCCCCAUCAGCUAAAGCCCGUCUGGCUCCGGCCAAUGCUGGCAUGGCAUCCAUUAAAAAUGACCAACAAGAAGAACCAAUCAAAAACAUCAGUGACACCCAGCAGCCUGUGAAGACAUAAGCUGGCAUAUGAAUAAGAAGAGACUUGUGAGGUCUUACUAUGUAAGAUGGAGCAUAGUCAACCAUCUAGUCAAAAGUGAUUUGGACAGUGCCUUUGUGAAAGAAAGCGGGUUUGCCCUGAGUAGUUUGUGUUUUUUUGAUCAAAUUUGUAACAAUGGUUCAGGAGAUGUGACUAAUUGUUCAUUAUCUGAUGAGUCAUUUACUGAAUUGGCAUCCUUGUAAAAUUGCAUUUUAUUUAAAUGUGUGUAAUUUCACCGAGGAGUAUUGUAUGAUGAUGUCAUGCAACAUUGUAAACUUCACUUCAUUUUAAUAUGCUGAAUCAAGGCCACACACCAGGCAUGAUUUGCACA